UAUACACUACUUAAGGAGAGGGGGGGAGAGAGAGAGAGAGGGAGAGAGGGUUCUUUGCCUUUAAGCAAACCUUAAUACUCUAAGCAGUUACCCGUGGACGACUCAAUAAUCUGACAAUCAAAGACCUAUAUUAGAGGGGGAUUUUUCUUUCAUCCGAAAGUGUGAGAUGUCAUCUGUUGUCAGGUAGCAUUAUCUAGCAUUCAAAAUGAAUGGAUUUAAUUUGUUGGAGAUUACCCUCAGGGAUAUCCUUGAUGUGAUCAAUCCCUUGAGAGAGGAUUGGAAUGUAAGGUUUCAUAUCAUUCGUGAACUUCGAGCUGUUGUUGAAUCCAUAGAAAGUCUGAGAGGUGCAACUGUGGAACCAUUUGGAUCUUUUGCAUCUAAUCUCUUCACAAGAUGGGGAGAUUUGGAUAUAUCGAUAGAGUUGCCUAAUGGUUCAUAUAUUUCGUCCCCUGGGAAAAAGCACAAGCAAAGUUUACUGGGAGAUGUGCUAAAAGCUUUGAGAAGUAAAGGUGGAUGGCAUAAGCUGCAAUUCAUUUCCAACGCUAGGGUUCCCAUUUUGAAAUUUGAGGGCAGAGAAAACAUCUCUUGUGACAUCUCAAUAAACAAUUUAGGUGGUCAAAUGAAAUCAAAACUUCUAUUCUGGAUCAAUGAAAUUGAUGGACGCUUCCGUGAUCUGGUUUUACUGGUGAAGGAAUGGGCCAAAGCUCAUAAUAUUAAUGAUCCAAAAUCUGGAACUUUGAACUCAUAUACUCUUACCUUGCUUGUGGUGUUCCAUCUUCAGACUUUAGAACCGGCAAUUUUACCUCCUCUUAGAGAAAUAUAUCCAGGAAAUAUGAUUGAUGACCUCACAGGUGUGAGAGCUGUUGCAGAGAAGCGUAUUGAAGAGACAUGUGCAGUACACAUAAACAGAAUUAAAUCUGAUAAAUUGAGGAUAAUCAACAGAAGCUCUUUGUCUGAGCUCUUCAUUUCCUUCCUUGCCAAGUUGGGCAAGGUAGUUAUUUCAGCAACAUUGACGGGCACUUUACCUCUUUGCACCUUCAGUUUUUUGAAACUUGUUCAAGGGCUUCUGUGCAAGGCGUUAGCCCAUAUGCCGGACAGUGGGAAGACAUUAACAGCAACAUGAGAUGGUUACCCAGAACUUAUGCACUUUUUGUUGAGGAUCCCUUUGAGCAGCCGGUGAAUACAGCUAGGACUGUUGGCAGUAACCAGUUGAUGAAGAUAUCGGAAGCAGCUCGAGCAACUCACCAAUUACUUGUCUCAUCCAACCAUAGUCGAACUUCUCUCAUUAUGAAUCUCGUCAGGCCACAAAUAUCACAUUUUGUGACUAGAACGCCUGUUCGACACCAAGCAACUGCACAAUCUAUGCCAAGAACACCUUCUAAUAAUUAUAUCAGAAAAGGAGUCGGGACUCACCAAAAUGCUUCGAGAAAGCAGAUUCCUGGGCAACUUCAACAGCAGUUUCAAAACAGGAGGGUUGAUAACGGUCGAAAUGGGACAAUAAUGAAUGGUCAGCUCCAAAACACAAGGGUUGAUAACAGUCGAAAUGGGACAAUGAGUGAACAGGAUAAGGCGUCCCCUAGUCAAAGACAUGUAUGGAGGCCAGCACGUGAAAGAUAAAAUAGAUCAAAUUUGUUCUGCUUGCUCAGAUAUAAUACCAUGUGCUUGGGGCCAAGACUUAUUUGGUGAUGGCUUCUUAUUUUGAGUCUUGUUUCUGUGUUUUAAAGAAAUUAGUGACACUAUAUGCACUUUUUUGGAAGUUUCAUUGCUUUUCUUAUUUCUUGUUUUUGGGUAGUUUUAAUGUAUUCCGUUACUCUGAUAUUGAUAAUUAAUUGUGUGUUUAAGCUGUGGCCCAAUGGGUUUUAACAUAA